AUGUCUGACCAGGGCGGCGCAGCCUACUCACCCAACAGCACACUGCCCAAUCUACAGAAGCCUGAAGAUGUUUUACAUAAUAUCACCUUAGUAUCGAACAUUCUGGCAUUGACUCUGGUCAGUAUCUUUAUGGCGUUGCGUUUUCCCUCGUCUUAUUUCACGAAGCUCAGUCUCCUCUCGACCACGAUAAGAAUCUUCAAACUACACCGUAAAACGGUUAUCGGAACAUAUGUUUUCAUCGUCUUCUUGACUUUAUAUACCGUUCCCGUCUUCUUUAUUAAGACAGUUAUAUGCCAGCCGAUCGCUGGAUACUGGGAUCCAGCAAUUAAGACCACCUGUCUCAAUAAGCGAGACAUUUAUCUAGCGGAUACCACUAUCAGCGCCGCCACAGAUAUGGCCGUUCUAUGUCUUCCUAUACCCGUUGCCGUUACUCUCCGAAUGUCUUGGCAUAAACGACUCAAGGUCCUUGCUAUGCUGAGCUCCGGAGGUGUUGCCACGGCCGCGAGCCUUGCUAGGCUGGUUGUCGUGAUCAAAUUAGAGGAAGCGGAUGAUGCCACAGUAAGCCUCAUGCGCGUGACUCUUCUUGGGACAGCGGAAGUGAGCAUCGGUCUGAUUUGCGCUUGCCUUCCUGCCAUUAAUAUCCUCUUUCUUCGGGGCUGUAACGGCUCACGAGACUCGGCUCAGAACACUCGCAGAAGCAAUAGAAUAAUCGAGCUCAGAUUUCUGAAAGGCAGCAAGCUCAGGACCCAGCACUUGGCAACAACAGAAGUCAGACAGGAGGACGCUACCUACGAGGAGCCUCCAUCCCUACCCCAAGAAGAAGGGAGAAGAAGCUAUAUAUUUCCCUUCGAACGGGUUCGCCGUCCCCCGCCAGCACAAGUGGAAACAGAUACGGAAAGGGCAACGAUACAAGACGAAUGGUAUUCCGGAGUAGUCGCUUCACCGUUUUCAGAAGCUGGAGCUAAGGACUGGAGUCGAAAAGCGGCUGGACCAUGAUAUCCGAUCACACGAUCAAGAGUCAGGAGUUUUGUUUACUAAGAUAUCCGAAUAGUAAAAUUUUCACUACACACAAGUUGAGUACUUACACCUUGCCAAGUGUUCUCAACAUAUGCGCGUUUGUCUUGGGCUGGCUUGCGUUGCAACAUAUGUUUCUGAUGACCCCGCGAGCACCCUGGCAAACUUUGGAAAGAAUC